GCUCCUGAGGCCAGAUAUCAGGCCGCAAGGCUACAUGAAUAGCGUUGAAAGCUGAUGAAAUUGCAUCAGUGAGUCUGGAAAGCUACAGUUGGAAGCAAAGAUGGCACCUCUGAUCUCUUAUACGCUGCCUGCGAUACAGCUCGUGUGGAUUCUUGUCGUCCCGGGAGCUUUAGCCGCGAGUAUCGCCAAUUUGGAUUCAAAUCUUGCGGUGCAGUCGGAAAAUCCGAACUUGUCCAACGCGGAAAACUUGGCUGUCUCGGGGCUAAACGUAACUCCGACUUCAAAUCCAGCUGUGACUGAAUCGUCGCCGAAGGUCGGAACCGAGACUCUACCGGUCGGUUAUACGAGCUUUCCUCAAAUCGGAGCAGCUUUCAAGUAUCAUCGUGACGAAAAGGUGACGUGGCGAAAUGCUGCACAGAAAUGCGUCGACGAGGGCGGAAACUUGGUGGUGACUGAUUCCUGGCGCAAGUUCGACGUCGUUCGGUCACUCUUAUCACCCGGCGAUAAGAUCCACGUAGGAAUUCGCGAGGACGUAUCCGGGAAUUGGGUGGACGUCAGGACAGGAUCACCCGUGCCGACAGUACCUUGGCAAUCGGUUCAACCUGCCGGUCGAGGCUACUACUGUGCCGCAAUGUUCAAAAAUGUUCGAGGACUGGACAACCAUUGGUGCGAAGGAAUCGAAUAUUUCGUAUGCGAGAUUGGGAUUUAAGGGAAAAAUUGCUGAGCGUGUAGACUCGCGAAUAUAACCAUUAAUUAGCUGAUAACGGAAUCUUAGAUGCGUGCUACUGCGAUAUAUUUUGUCAUUUCACUGGUCGAAUAAAAGUUGGUGUUACAGUCGGAAAGGAUUUUAACAACAA